AGGUAAUGGAUAGUGGGAAUGAAAGUAGCAUUAUCCAACCGCCAAACUUAAAAACCGCAGCAGAAGGAGAUGUUAAAGAGUAUAUUGUGCAAGUGGUGACUUCUCAUUUCGGAUUAUCACCACGCGACCAAACAACUCUCGAUGUGGAACUUACUGCUGCAACGACUUUUAUCACCGAUUUCAUCAAUGAAGCCGAUAAAAAUGUAAUUGUGGUAGAUCGAGUUGUUGCCCGUGAGCAAGGAGAUCAGCCAGCCGGAGCUGAGAGUGGAGGAGAAGAAUCUGCUCCAGCUACCUUCCAAGUUCACGACGGUCUCUUCAUGACGGAUCGUGGUCAAGCGAUGAUGUUUGUGAAGCAAAGCAAUGUUAUUGAAGCUGAAAAGAAAAUUGCAACCCAAGUUUCGGCGUUCCCGUUGAAUGGAGGAAGUGCAUGGGAGCAACUUCAUUUCUUGAUGAGUCGUCUUCUCAACCCAUAUUGCAAGUCAUUCAUCGGACAAAGUGGAAGAGGCGAACGAGAUGGUGAUAAGCUUGCACCGACGGUUCAGAAGUGCUUCACUGAAGCUGAAGCCGCCUUGUUACAUCUUCAGCAAAAUAUCGAUAUUCCGGAGAUCAACUUGGUUGUCAAUCAGCAUAUUUUGGAUGCUAUCGAGCAGGCUGGAAAGGAAAACCGUCGUGCUAAGAUCGAAGAUCUCGGAGAUCUCGUGGAAGAUGCAAACUUCUUGAAUGCCCUUCAAUCUGGCUGCAAUCGCUGGGUAAAGGAAAUUCGGAAGGUUACUCAACUGGAACGUGAUCCUAGCAGUGGAACUUCCCUCCAGGAAAUGACUUUCUGGCUGAACUUGGAACGUGCUCUUCUAAAAAUUUCACAAAAGCGAGACGGAGAAGAGGUCACUUUGACACUUGAGGCCCUAAAGUGCGGAAAGCGUUUUCACGCAACCGUUGGAUUCGACAGUGACAAUGGUUUGAAGCAGAAAUUGGCGGUUGUUCAGGAUUACAAUACGUUGAUGAAAGAAUUCCCGCUGAGCGAGCUGGUCUCUGCCACAGAUGUCCCCAAAUUGAUGCACGCUGUCGUUGGAAUUUUCCUUCAUCUUCGAAAAUUGCGAUCCACCAAAUAUCCACUACAACGUGCUCUUCGUCUGGUUGAAGCGAUUUCUCGUGAUCUCAACUCUCAGUUGCUUAAAGUGCUCUCAUCAUACAAUUUGAUGCGUACUCCAAUCGCAGAAUUCAAUGAAAUCAUGUCACAGUGCCAAGCUUUGUUCAGCAAAUGGGACGAUGAGUACGAUAAAUUCAUUGCUUUGCUUCGUGAUAUAAACAAGAAGAAGCGUGAUGAUCCAUCAAAGUUGUCCUGGAAAGUCACAGCAGUGCACAAGCGACUCGAAACUCGACUUAUGCAAAUUUUGCAGUUCAGAAAGCAACACGAGCAAUUCCGUACUGUUAUCGAGCGAGUUCUUCGUCCCGUCGGAAAUGGAUCUAGGGAAAGAGAGCAGUUGAUGAUUGAUUCCUCGGAAGGAGAGAAGUCACCAGAUGAGCAGGUGGACAUUGCAUACGAAUUUCUGAAGAACGUUGAUUUCCUUGAUGUCGACAGUCCUGCAUGGGAGAAUGCUUUCAAGCGCUAUGAAGACCAGAUUGGAGUAGUUGAGACAGCAAUUACUACUAGACUGAAGAGCCAACUGGAGUCAUCCAGAAAUUCAAACGAAAUGUUCUCCAUUUUCAGUCGCUACAAUGCUCUCUUCAUCCGCCCUCGUAUUCGUGGAGCCAUCUACGAGUACCAGACUCGACUGAUUAAUCGUGUCAAAGAGGAUAUCAAUGAACUUCAAGCAAGAUUCACGAAGGCACGUGGUGAGCAAGGAGUGAAAAUCAUGCAAACUGUUGGUCUUCCUCCGUUCUCUGCGAAAAUUAUGUGGAUCCGUAAUUAUGAAAGGCAACUUCAAAGGUAUAUGAAGCGCGUUGAAGAUGUUCUUGGAAAGCAAUGGGAAAAUCACGUUGAUGGAAGACAGUUAAAAGCAGACGGAGACAAUUUCAAAGUGAAGCUGAAUACUCAACCGAUGUUUGACGAAUGGGUUGAGUCCGUUCAAUCACAAAAUUGGACGCUGCCCAACAAGAUAUUGACAGUCGAUAGAGUCCAGGUGGACGGCAGAAUGCAACUUCAACUCAAAAUCAACUAUCAUAGUGAUAGUUCAGUUCUGUACAAGGAAGUAUCCCAUCUGAAAUCAAUGGGAUUCCGUGUUCCUCUAAAGAUAGUCAACUGGGCUCAUCAAGCCAAUCAGAUGCGUCCAUCAGCUACUUCCCUUAUUGAAGCUGCACGUACAUUUGCUUCUGUGAAUGCUGCGCUGGCAUCCGUACAAGGAGUUGACUCAUUGCUUGCAAGUUACAAAAAGGAUAUUCAAAAUCAGUUGAUUGAAGGAGCAACUCUCGGAUGGGACUCUUACAAGGUUGAUCAGUAUCAACUGAAGUUGGCUGAAACUGUGAAUACGUAUCAAGAGAGAUGUGAAGAGCUGCUCAACGUUGUUCGAAUUGUCAACGCCGAUUUGAAUGUUCUCAAGUCAUGCCGUUACGAUAAGGAAACCAUCGAAAACUUGUUAACUUCGAUCCAAAAAGGAGUUGAUCAACUUUCUCUGGGAAAUUAUUCGAAUCUGGCUCAAUGGGUUAACACUCUCGACCGUCAAAUUGAAACUAUUCUCGCUCGCCGUGUGGAAGAUGCAAUCCGUGUUUGGACUUUGGUUUUCUCUCAAUCAGAAGAAGUCGAAGAGCUGCGUGAACGUCAAGUGGUCCUUCCAACUGUCAAGAACGUUGUCGUCGAUUUGUGUAUGACUGCACAAACCUUGUACAUUAGUCCAAGCACUCGUGAAACUCGUGAGAAGAUUCUUGAACAAUUGUACGAAUGGCACAGUGUCUGUACUGCACAAAUGAGAAUCAGUGGAAAGAGAUUCCAGAUGGUUAUGAAUGAAGAAAUUGAACCGGAAACAUAUCACAAUAUCCUCAAUGUGAUGCCUGAAGGGCAAGCUUGUCUUGAAAAAGCAUAUGAUUGUGUCAAUGGAAUCAUGUCUGAUCUUGAAGAAUAUCUUAGUGAAUGGCUCAGUUAUCAAUCUCUCUGGGUACUUCAAGCUGAGCAACUAUUUGAAAUGUUGGGAACAUCGCUUUCAAAAUGGAUGAAGACUUUGAUGGAAAUUCGCAAAGGACGUCUUGUUUUCGAUACUCAAGAUACUCGCAAAGUGAUUUUCCCCGUCUCUGUAGAAUACGGAAAAGCACAACAGAAAAUCCUCUUCAAGUACGAUUACUGGCAUAAGGAAAUGCUUGUCAAGUUCGGAGCAGUCGUUGGCGAUGAGAUGCAGAAGUUUUUCAAUUCUGUGUCCAAAUGGAGAAAUGUCUUGGAAACACAAUCAGUGGAUGGUGGAUCAACUUCUGAUACUAUUGGCCUCAUUUCGUUCGUUCAGUCAUUGAAGAAACAAACCAAAUCUGGACAAGAUGCUGUGGAUUUGUACCGAUCCUCCCAACGUCUUCUAAAUCAACAACGUUAUCAGUUUCCUGCCCAAUGGCUUUAUUCAGAGAAUGUUGAAGGAGAAUGGUCUGCAUUCACUGAAAUUCUCAGUCUUCGAGAUGCCUCGAUCCAGACACAAAUGAUGAAUCUGCAAACCAAGUUCGCGCAAGAAGAUGAGCUUGUCGAGAAACGAACCGUUGAAACACUGACUGAAUGGAACAAGAGCAAGCCCGUUGAGGGAGCACAGCGACCACAAGAGGCCUUGAAUGUCAUCACUGCAUUCGAAGCGAAGUUGAACAAAUUGACCGAAGAGCGGAACAAAAUGAGAAAAGCAAGAGUGGCUUUGGAUCUUUCUGAUAGCGCUCAUGCUCCUUCAGAAGGUGAUAAGCUUACUGUAGCUACUGAAGAAUUGGCAGCUAUGAAAGAUGUGUGGAAGGCGUUGCAGCCAGUAUACACUGGAAUAGACGAAGCAAAAGAGAAGACGUGGCUCUCUGUUCAACCUCGCAAGAUUCGUCAGUCGCUUGAUGAGUUAAUGAACCAAUUGAAGCAGCUUCCGGUGAAAUGCAGAACUUACAAGAGUUAUGAACAUGUCAAGCAGAUGCUUCAUACAUACGGAAAGAUGAAUAUGUUGGUUGCGGAGCUGAAGUCAGAAGCACUGAAAGAGCGCCAUUGGCACCAAAUGAUGAAAGAAAUGCGAGUAAAUUGGAAUCUUUCCGACCUCACUCUCGGACAAGUUUGGGAUGCUGACAUCCUGCGACAUGAACAUACGAUCAAAAAGAUUCUUCUCGUUGCUCAAGGAGAAAUGGCUUUGGAAGAAUUCUUGAGGGAGAUGCGUGAAUACUGGCAAAACUAUGAAGUUGAAUUGGUGAACUAUCAAAAUAAGACACGUUUGAUCAAAGGAUGGGAUGAUCUAUUCAAUAAGCUCAAGGAACAUCAGAACUCCCUGUCUGCUAUGAAACUCUCUCCAUAUUACAAACAAUUCGAGGAAAGUGCUCAAUCUUGGGAUGAGAAGCUGAACAAAAUAAAUGCAAUGUUCGAUGUGUGGAUUGAUGUUCAACGUAGAUGGGUGUAUCUCGAAGGAUUGUUCUCUGGAUCCGCGGAAAUUUCCACUUUGCUUCCAUUUGAGAGUUCCCGUUUUGCAACCAUUACCACGGAUGUGCUCGCUUUGAUGAAGAAAGUUGCCGCAUCUCCACGAAUUCUGGAUGUUGUGAACAUGCAAGGAGCUCAGCGGCUUCUCGAAAGACUCGCUGAUAUGCUGGCUAAAAUUCAGAAAGCAUUGGGAGAGUAUUUGGAGAGAGAACGUUCUUCAUUCCCUCGUUUUUACUUUGUUGGAGAUGAGGAUUUGCUCGAAAUCAUGGGUAACAGCAAGGAUAUCACGAGAAUUCAGAAGCAUUUGAAGAAGAUGUUUGCCGGAAUUACUGCAAUUGAUAUUAACGAAGAGGACAGAUCGAUCACAGCUUUCCAUUCGAGAGAAGGUGAGAAGGUCGACCUGGUGAAGAUCGUUUCAACAAAAGAUGUUCGCAUUAACGAUUGGCUGCAAGCGCUUGAAGCAGAGAUGAAGCACACAUUGGCUCGUCAGCUCGCUGCCUCGUUGACUCACUUCUCAAAAAUGAACAUUCAAACGAUGACCACCGACGACUACGUGGAAUGGUUGGACAAGUUCCCAGCUCAAGUGAUCACGUUGACUGCUGAAAUUUGGUGGUGCGAUGAAAUGGAGAAGACACUGGCUGAUGGGAAGGGAGCCGAAAACGUCGAGCAAGCAGUUGUCAAGACACUUGAAUUGCUGGCUGAUAGUGUUCUCAAGGAACAACCUCCAAUUCGAAGAAAGAAAAUGGAAGCAUUGAUCACAGAACUUGUUCACAAGCGUGACACCUGCCGUAAACUAGUGUCAAUGAAGAUUCGAGCUGCCAACGAUUUCGGAUGGCUCCAGUGCAUGCGUUUCUACUUUGAUCCGAAACAAGUUGAUCCUGUUCGUUGCUGUGUAGUGAAGAUGGCGAAUUCGCAGUUCUUCUAUGGAUUCGAGUAUCUUGGAAUUCAAGAACGUCUUGUUCGCACCCCACUCACCGAUCGAUGCUAUUUAACAAUGACUCAAGCAUUGCAUUCUCGUCUCGGAGGAUCUCCAUUCGGACCUGCUGGAACCGGUAAAACUGAAUCUGUGAAAGCCCUUGGACAUCAACUUGGUCGUUUUGUUUUGGUAUUCAAUUGUGACGAAACUUUCGAUUUCCAAGCCAUGGGGCGUAUUUUGGUCGGAUUGUGCCAAGUUGGUGCAUGGGGUUGCUUCGAUGAGUUCAAUCGUUUGGAAGAACGUAUGCUGUCGGCUGUCUCACAACAAAUUCAAACAAUCCAAGAAGCCGUACGUGCUGGUGGUGAUAUGAGUGUGGAUCUUGUUGGAAAACGUCUCAAUGUCAAUUCAAAUAUUGGAAUCUUCAUCACAAUGAAUCCAGGAUAUUCAGGACGUUCCAACUUACCAGAUAAUUUGAAGCAACUCUUCAGAAGUUUGGCAAUGACACAACCAGAUCGACAGCUUAUUGCUCAAGUGAUGCUCUUCUCUCAAGGAUUCCGAACUGCAGAGACUCUGGCAAACAAGAUUGUUCCGUUGUUCAUUCUUUGCAAGGAACAACUUUCGGAUCAAUGUCACUACGACUUCGGUCUUCGUGCUCUCAAGUAUGUGCUUGUAUCUGCUGGUAACAUUAAGCGUGACAAGUUGGAUAAAAUGGGCUCAGCAGCUUUGGAAGAUGUUGCCGAGCAACAAAUGCUCAUUCAAUCAGUCUGUGAAACUCUCGUGCCAAAACUUGUAAAUGAAGAUAUUGCCUUGUUGUUCUCUCUUCUUUCGGAUGUGUUCCCAGGAAUUCAUUAUACUGCAAACCAGAUGAGAGAACUUCGCCAACAACUCUCUACUGUUUGUGAUGAGCACUUAUUGAUCUAUUCUGAUGUUCAAGGAGAAAUGGGAUCCAUGUGGCUUGACAAAGUUCUUCAACUCUACCAAAUCACGAAUCUCAAUCAUGGCCUCAUGUUGGUUGGAUCCAGUGGUUCCGGAAAAACUAUGGCAUGGAAGGUUCUUCUCAAGGCGCUUGAAAGAUGGGAGAACGUUGAAGGAGUUGCUCAUGUGAUUGAUGCGAAGGCGAUGAGCAAAGAUUCGUUGUACGGAGUUAUGGAUCCAAAUACUCGUGAAUGGACCGACGGAUUAUUCACGUCAGUUAUUCGUAAGAUCAUCGAUAAUGUUCGUGGAGAAGCUGAUCGUCGUCAAUGGAUUAUCUUUGAUGGAGAUGUGGAUCCUGAAUGGGUUGAGAAUUUGAACUCCGUCUUGGAUGACAACAAGCUGUUGACAUUGCCGAACGGAGAGCGUCUUUCGAUUCCUCCAAAUGUCAGAAUUAUCUUCGAAGUUGCUGACUUGAAAUAUGCUACACUUGCCACAGUGUCUCGUUGCGGAAUGGUUUGGUUCAGUGAAGAAGUUGUCACCUCGGAAAUGCUAUUCGAAAGAUAUCUUUCAAUUAUUCGUCGUGUUCCACUCGAUUCCGAUUCUGCUAUCAGUUUUUCGUCGUCAAGCGCUCCAGUCAAUCUGAUUGGUGAAGAUGCGAAACCAACACGUUCAAUCGAAAUCCAAAGAACUGCUGCUCUUGCUCUCCAAACACACUUCUCACCCGAUGGAAUUGUUCCUGGAUCUUUGAAAUAUGCAGUUUCUGAACUCGAACAUAUCAUGCCUCCGACACCACAACGUCUUCUCUCAUCCUUCUUCUCCAUGAUGUCAUAUUCGAUCAGAAAAAUCGUGUCUCAUGACGAAGGAUUAAUUGAUGACUCUGUGGAGAUUGAUCAAAUUCAAAGUUUUGUUCUUCGAUCAAUGCUCACCAACUUGGUAUGGGCGUUCAGUGGUGAUGGAAAGUGGAAGUCAAGAGAAAUGAUGAGCGAUUUCAUUCGACAAGCAACUACUAUAUCUUUGCCUCCAAAUCAGCAGGCUUGUCUCAUUGAUUACGAAGUUCAACUCAGCGGAGACUGGCAACCAUGGCUGUCGAAGGUUCCAACUAUGGAAAUUGAAUCUCAUCGUGUAGCAGCUGCAGAUCUCGUUGUUCCAACUAUUGAUACUGUCCGUCACGAAAUGCUUCUCGCCGCAUGGCUGGCUGAACACAAACCAUUGGUUCUGUGUGGUCCUCCGGGAUCUGGUAAAACUAUGACUCUUCUCGCUGCACUUCGAUCACAACAAGAGAUGGAAGUGGUCAAUGUCAAUUUCUCAUCAUCGACAACUCCAGAACUACUUCUUCGCACUUUCGAUCAUUAUUGUGAAUACAGAAGAACACCAAAUGGAGUUGUACUUGCUCCAGUUCAACUGUCACAGUGGCUUGUUAUUUUCUGUGAUGAGAUCAACUUGCCAGCUCCAGAUAAAUAUGGAACUCAGAGAGUUAUCAGUUUCCUUCGCCAAUUGGUCGAGUUGAAUGGAUUCUACCGUACAUCGGAUCACAGUUGGGUGUCCCUCGAACGAAUUCAAUUUGUCGGAGCUUGUAAUCCACCUACUGAUCCUGGUCGUCAUCCAAUGACUUCUCGUUUCCUGAGACACGUUCCAAUUGUUUAUGUCGAUUAUCCUGGACAAACUUCGUUGCAACAAAUCUACGGAACAUUCAAUCGUGCAAUGUUGAAGAUGACACCAGCUGUGCGAGGAUUGGCAGAUCAGUUGACUAAUGCGAUGGUUGAUGUAUAUCUUGCCAGUCAAGAACAUUUCACUCAAGACGAUCAACCACAUUAUGUAUAUUCUCCAAGAGAAUUGACUCGAUGGGUUCGUGGUAUUUCUGAAGCAAUUACACCAUUGGAAUCGUUGUCUGCUGAACAGUUGGUUCGAUUAUGGGCUCAUGAAGCUAUUCGUCUAUUCCAAGAUAGAUUAGUAACUGAAGAAGAACGUGAAUGGACUGAUAAGUUGGUCGAUACUACAGCCGAGAGAUACUUUGGAAACGCUUGUCGUCUGGACGAGGCUCUCAAGAGACCAUUGCUCUAUUCAUGUUGGUUAUCCCGUAACUACGUUCCAGUUACUCGCGAGGAACUCCAAGACUACGUGUCAGCAAGACUCAAAGGAUUCUACGAAGAGGAGCUCGAUGUCAAAUUGGUUCUUUUCGAUCAAAUGUUGGAUCAUGUUCUCCGUAUCGACAGAAUUUAUCGUCAAUCUCAAGGUCACUUGCUUCUCAUCGGAACUGCUGGAGCUGGAAAAACGACACUUUCAAGAUUCGUCGCUUGGCUCAAUGGAUUGAGUGUAUUCCAAUUGAAGGUUCACUCCAAAUAUACUGCUGCUGAUUUUGAUGAAGAUAUGAGAACAGUUUUGAGAAGAGCCGGUUGUCGUAAUGAGAAGCUUUGUUUCAUUAUGGAUGAAUCAAAUAUGUUGGAUACUGGAUUCCUCGAAAGAUUGAAUACAUUGCUGGCUAACGGAGAAGUUCCAGGAUUGUUUGAAGGAGAUGAACAUACCACACUCAUGACUCAAAUCAAGGAAGGAGCUCAACGACAAGGACUGAUUCUUGACAGUCACGAUGAAUUGUACAAAUGGUUCACUCAACAAGUUAUGCGAAAUCUUCACGUUGUAUUCACCAUGAAUCCAUCUGGAAGUGGACUUCGUGAGCGUGCUUCAACAUCGCCGGCCUUGUUCAACAGAUGUGUUCUCAAUUGGUUUGGAGAUUGGAGUGAGAAUGCUCUUUAUCAAGUUGGAUCGGAGCUCACCAGAACAAUGGAUCUCGAUAGAACCGAUUAUGAAGGAUCAGUUCGUUUGACACCAUCUUGUGAGUUGGUUCCUUCACAGCCCACAUAUCGUGAUGCAGUGGUCAACACAUUAUGCCUUGUGCACAAGACAGUACAGAAGUUCAAUGAGAUGGAGACGAAGAAGGGACAUCGCGUGAUGGCAUGCACUCCACGGCACUUCCUCGACUUUAUCAAGCAAUUCAUGUCACUGUUCCACGAGAAACGAUCUGAUCUUGAAGAGGAAAAGAUUCACUUGAACAUCGGUUUGAACAAGAUCAGUGAAACUGAAGAGCAAGUGAAAGAGCUACAGAAGAGUCUGAAAUUGAAGAGUAAUGAACUCCAGGAGAAGAAGGAAGCAGCCAACUUGAAGUUGAAGGAGAUGUUGGGUGAUCAACAGAAGGCUGAAGAAGAGAAGAAGUUCUCGGAGCAAUUGCAGAAGGAGCUCGCAGAGCAGCUGAAGCAAAUGGCCGAGAAGAAGACAUUCGUGGAGAAUGAUUUGGCACAAGUCGAGCCUGCUGUAGCGGAGGCUCAGACAGCCGUGCAAGGAAUUAAGAAGAGCCAGUUGGUUGAAGUUAAAUCUAUGUCGAGUCCACCAGUAACUGUGAAGCUGACUUUGGAAGCAAUCUGUAUUCUGCUUGGAGAAAAUGUUGGAACCGAUUGGAAGGCGAUUCGUCAAGUUAUGAUGAAAGACGAUUUCAUGACAAGGAUCCUUCAAUUUGAUACAGAAUUAUUGACACCUGAAAUUCUGAAACAGAUGGAGAAAUACAUUCAAAAUCCGGAUUGGGAAUUCGAUAAGGUCAAUCGUGCGUCUGUUGCUUGCGGUCCUAUGGUGAAAUGGGCACGUGCUCAGUUGCUCUACUCGACAAUGCUUCAUAAAGUUGAACCUUUGAGAAAUGAACUGAAGAGAUUGGAACAGGAAGCUGCAAAGAAGACCCAGGAAGGAAAGGUUGUAGAUGUGAGAAUAACUGAAUUGGAAGAAUCCAUCGGAAAAUACAAAGAAGAAUAUGCUCAACUCAUCGGUCAAGCUGAAAACAUCAAACAAGAUUUGCUUUCUGUUCAAGAAAAAGUCAAUCGUUCAACAGAGCUUCUAUCGUCUCUCAGAUCAGAACGUGAUCGUUGGUCAAGUGGAAGCGCUGGUUUCUCUCAACAAAUGGAUUCUUUGGUUGGAGAUGCACUUCUUUCUUCUGCAUUCCUUGCUUAUGCUGGAUACUAUGAUCAGAUGCUUCGUGAUGAAAUCUUCCAUAAAUGGUUCAAUCAUGUCGUUAAUGCCGGACUUCACUUCCGUCACGAUUUGGCUCGAAUUGAAUACCUCUCAACUGUUGAUGAUCGUCUGCAAUGGCAGCUCAAUUCUCUUCCAGUUGAUGAUCUUUGCACUGAAAAUGCUAUCAUGCUGCACCGUUUCAAUCGUUAUCCGCUUAUCAUCGAUCCAUCUGGACAAGCCGUUGAAUACAUUAUGAAGCAGUUUGCUGGAAAGAAUAUUCAGAAAACAUCGUUCCUCGACGAGUCAUUCCGCAAGAACUUGGAAUCGGCUCUUCGUUUCGGAAAUUCGCUGCUCGUUCAAGAUGUUGAAGCAUAUGAUCCAAUUCUCAAUCCAGUGCUUAAUCGUGAAGUCAAGAGAGCUGGUGGACGUGUGCUUAUCACAAUCGGAGAUCAAGAUAUCGAUUUGUCACCUUCAUUCCAGAUCUUUAUGAUCACUCGUGAUUCAACUGUUGAAUUCUCUCCAGAUAUUUGCUCACGUGUCACAUUCGUCAAUUUCACUGUUACAUCAUCAUCCCUGGCCAGUCAAUGUCUGAAUCAAGUGCUUCGAAGUGAAAGACCAGAUGUGGACAAGAAGAGAAACGAUCUUCUGAAACUUCAAGGAGAAUUUGCAGUUCGUCUUCGCCAUCUCGAAAAAGCCCUAUUGGCUGCUUUGAAUGAAAGCAAAGGAAAGAUUCUUGAUGAUAAUUCGGUUAUUGAAACUCUCGAAAAACUGAAGAAUGAGGCCGCAGAAGUUGCUCAAAAGUCAGCUGAGACUGACAAAGUUAUGGCAGAAGUUGAUGCUGUGUCCGCUCAAUACCAACGACUCUCAACAGCUUGUUCUCACAUUUAUCACACUCUACAACAGCUCAAUGAGAUUCACUUCUUGUACCAUUACUCGUUGGACUUCCUCGUGGAGAUCUUUACACAUGUUCUCAAGACUCCAGAGCUAUCCUCUACGACUGACUAUGCGAAGAGACUGAGAAUCAUCACAACUAGUUUGUUCCAAACUGUAUUCCGUCGAGUUUCGCGUGGAAUGUUGCACACCGACAAAGUCCUUCUGGCUCUUCUUCUCAUGAGAAUUCAUAUCCGCUCCAAUCCAUCUGCUCCUGCAUAUGAGCAACAUUUCGAUCUUCUUUUGGGAAGAUCAGACUUUGUCGCCAAGAAUGACGAAGCUGACAGUACAAUUCCAGGAGGACUUGACUUCCUUACCGUUGAGAACAAGAAGUCAAUUGCCAAGGCACGAAAAGUUGUCGGAUUCGAAAACGUAUUCGCCCAUCUUCAACACAAUUCCGCAGCUGUGACUUCCUGGUUAACCAACGAUAAUCCCGAAUCAAAUGUUCCAGUUGUUUGGGAUGAUGCUGAUGGAAAACUCUCGCCUCUGUGCAUUGCAAUGAAUUCAUUGAUCGUUGUUCAUGCUCUUCGUCCGGAUAGACUGAUGGCUUCAGCUCAUCGCGUUGUUUCGACCGCUUUCGAUGAUCACUUUAUGCAGCAAGACAAGGUGGUUGACAUUCUGUCAAUUGUGGAUAAUGAGGUUUCUCCGUCCGAACCAGUUCUUCUGUGCUCAGCUACAGGAUACGAUGCAUCCGGAAAGAUUGAGGAUCUGGCUGUAGAGACCAAUCGUCAGUUAACUUCAAUUGCCAUAGGAUCAGCCGAAGGAUUCAAUCAAGCCGAUUCUGCUCUGGGUACAGCCACGAAAUCUGGUCGCUGGGUUCUUCUGAAAAACGUCCACUUGGCUCCAAGCUGGUUGGCACAAUUGGAAAAGAGAUUGCAUUCGAUGAAGCCUCAUGCUCAAUUCCGACUCUUCUUGACCGCUGAAAUUCAUCCAAAACUUCCAUCUUCAAUUCUCAGAGCUUCUCGUGUAGUUGUUUUCGAACCAGCAACCGGUCUGAAAGCCAACCUGCUUCGUUCUCUGUCAAGUAUUCCACCUCAGAGACUCACAAAGGCACCAACCGAACGAAGCAGAUUGUAUUUGCUUGUGUGCUGGCUUCAUGCUCUUGUUCAAGAACGACUCAGAUACACUCCACUUGGAUGGUCGACGGCUUACGAGUUCUCUGAUGCUGAUCUUCGUGUCGCAUGUGAUACUCUUGAUGCCGCUGUAGAUGCUGUUGCUCAAGGAAGACCAAAUGUUGAACCGGAACGUCUUCCAUGGACAACUCUUCGUACUCUUCUCAGUCAGUGUAUCUACGGAGGAAAGAUUGACAAUCAAUUCGAUCAAGUACUUCUUGAUUGCGUUCUCGAAAAUCUUUUUACUGCGAAGAGCUUCGAACAAGAUCAUGUGCUUAUUCCGAAAUACGAUGGAGAUGAUUCUCUUUUCACUCCGAACAUGUCGAAGAAGGAUCAGAUGAUCGGAUGGGUUGAAGAGCUGAAGAAUGAGCAGCUGCCAGCUUGGCUUGGGCUACCAAACAAUGCUGAGAAAGUUUUGCUCACGAAGAGAGGAGAAUCCAUGCUCAGAAACAUGUUGAAGGUGACAGAUGAAGAGCUGGCAUUCAAUGAAGACGGAAAGGAAGAGGUGAAACCACAAUGGAUGGCUCAACUCGGAGAACUUGCCAAACAAUGGCUUCAACUUCUCCCGAAGGAGAUUGUUAAGAUGCGUCGCACCGUCGAGAACAUCAAGGAUCCAUUGUUCAGAUUCUUCGAAAGAGAAGUCAAUCUUGGAUCACAACUCCUCAAGGAUAUUCGUCGUGAUUUGAACGAAAUUUCCGCUGUCUGCCGAGCCGAAAAGAAACAAAACAAUGAGACACGUGCACUGGCUGCCAGUCUACAGAAGGGAGAAGUUCCAACAGGAUGGAAGAGAUACACUGUUCCACGAGAAGUUACUGUGAUGGAUUGGAUGACUGAUCUCAACGAACGACUGAAACAACUGAUUCGUAUCGGAGGAGCUGAUAACUUGAAGCGUGAAACUUUCUGGCUUGGAGGAACUUUCUCACCAGAAGCCUACAUCACUGCCACUCGCCAACAAGUUGCUCAGGCCAACACUUGGUCUCUCGAACAGCUCAAUCUUCACAUUCACAUUGGACGAACUGAUAGUACAGAUGUGUUCCGUAUUUCGGGAAUUGAUAUUCGUGGAGCAAAAUCAGUCGGCGGAAAUAAACUUGAACUGUGCGAGCUUGUCAAAUCCGAAUGUGACAUUGUCGAGUUCAGUUGGAAGCAGGAUGUUGCUGAUGGAACACGUCUGCCACUGUAUCUCUAUGGUGAUCGCCGUCAACUGAUUUCACCACUCGCAUUCCAUCUUUCUUCUGCAACAGUGUUCUACCAACGAGGAGUUGCAUUGGUUGCCAACUCAACUCUCUAAUCGUCUCCGUUCCUUUAUUGUAAUUUAUUUUCUCUUUAAUUUAUGUUUAAACCCCUUCCUAAUUUAAUUUCUAGAUCGUUUCAAAUCCCAUCAUUUUUCAAUCGCUGAACUUCCCAGAUCCCAAUUUUUCUCAAUAAACCGAGUAUUUAUUU